AUGUCUGUAGCGGUGAAUGUGAAGCCGGAUGCUGCCGCCGCUUUGCUCUAUGCCACUUCUGGUGAUCGCAAGCUUCGUUUCUUCACUUCUCGUCACUCCGGUCGUCUCCCUCCACCUCUGCACCCCCAGCGUGACUUGAACCCACAGCACGACAUCGACAAUGUGCUAGAUCUCCACCACCUCCACCGUCAUCAUCAUCAUCAUCAUCGUCACCACCGUCAGCCCCCUGCCAGGUUAGCCAAAGUGAUGCCCGCCGCCCUCUUGGAGUCUCGGUUUCGCGAGGAGCCCGGCGGCCAGCGAACCCUCAACCUGCUGGCACGACCGCACCACGAGGUGCAGCCGGAGCACGCUGUGGUGUCUGCACGCCAUCUGGUUACCGUGUACCUGGCUGUGGAUGUGAGGAGGCUGAAUGUCAGUCUUCUUCGGUGGUUUCGGGAAGGCGUAGCGGCAGCGCUGGGCGUUCCUGCGGGACGCGUGCACAUCAACCGGCUGAAUGAGAAGAAGAAUGGCAUCGAGCUCUUCGUGUCCUCUGAUAGGCUGGGCCUCUCUGAGCCCCGCCCAGCUGAAGAGGUCAUCCAAUCACUGAACGUGAGGGUCCUUCAUCGCCACCUGGGACACUUUGGCAUCACAGAAGUCUCCACUGAGAAGAACGUCCUGCAGGGCGAGCAGAGGGACCACGUCUGGAGCAGAGAAGGAUUUUACGCCGUCGUCCUCUUCUUCACCAUCUUCAUCAUCAUCAUCACUUGCUUGAUGGUUUUGUACCGACUUAAGGACAAAGUUCAGGUUUCUGACAGACAGCUGAAAGCCCCGCCCCCUGACCUUCACCUGACCACGACUGUCCCUCCAGACUCCGCCCAGAGGUCAAAGGGCACCAAGGGUGUGACGUCAGGAAGCAUGGUCCAAGCUGAGCGCCCUCCAGCUGUAGCCACGCCCAUUCCCCAGCAGCAGCCAAUCGUAGCCUGCCGGCGCCUCGCUCCUUCUGUCGUCCCUCUGCCCAGCCCUGCCCCUGUCCACGUCGUCACCAGCAGUGACCACGCCCCUUUCGCCAGCGUUGCCCCAGUGACAGCCAAUAACGAGCUAAAGCCCUGCCCCUCCCCCUUCAGGAUGAAACCUGCUGCAGGACUGCAAGAAAGACGGGGCUCUAACGUCUCGCUGGUGUUGGACAUGUCGGCGCUCGGCUCCGUGGAGCCCCUGAACGUUGCCGUGGUGACCCCCAGAGAGGCGGCGGCCAGGGAGUACCUGUUGUCCGCCGGCCGGCCGCUGACGCGACCGCAGCUCCGCGACAUCGUCGACAACACGCACAAGCUGCACGCCGAGUUCGCCGAAAUUCCCAUGAAUUUCAUUGAUCCCAAAGAGCUGGACAUCCCAAACCACGGGACCAAGAACAGAUACAAGACCAUACUGCCCAACCCUCACUCCAGAGUGAUCCUGAAGUCCAAGAGCAGCAACGACCUGCUGAGCUCCUACAUCAACGCUAACUACGUACGGGGUUACCUAGGCGACGAGAAGGCGUUCAUCGCCACGCAGGGUCCCAUGGUGAACACGGUGAAUGACUUCUGGCAGAUGGCCUGGCAGGAGGAGUCGCCCGUCAUCGUCAUGAUCACCAAACUGAAGGAGAAGAACGAGAAAUGUGUUCUGUAUUGGCCAGAAAAACGAGGGAUCUAUGGGAAGGUUGAAGUGUUGGUCAACAGCAUCAGAGAGUGUGAACACUACGCCACUCGCAGCCUCACACUGAAGUGUGGGAAUCAAACCCGCGUGCUGCAGCAUUACUGGUACACGUCGUGGCCCGACCACAAAACCCCCGACUCGACGAUGCCGCUGCUGCAGCUGAUGGCCGACGUCGAGGCGGACAGACGGACGGCUGCCGGUUCAGGACCGGUUAUCGUCCACUGCAGCGCCGGGAUUGGCCGGACAGGCUGCUUCAUCGCCACGACGAUAGGCUGUCGACAGCUGCAGCUGGAGGGAGUGGUGGAUGUUCUGAGCAUCACCUGCCAGCUCCGAGCUGACAGAGGAGGUAUGAUCCAGACAGGUGAGCAGUACGAGUUUGUCCAUCAUGCCCUGAGCCUGUACGAGUCCCGCCUAUCUGCAGAAACCGGCCAAUGAGAUGCCACCACAGGAGACGUCGACUUAAACCUGGACACGUGCUGACAUAUCGAGUCCUGAGCAGGUAUGAUCUCUGAGAUUUGGGAGUUCUCCGGGAUUCAGGAAUUGUGGAGGAGGUCUUUGAGUUUGAUGGACAACAUGGACAACCAAUGAGGACUGUUGUGGGUGGAGCCUGUUGAAGGAAAGAGGAAAGGUAAAUUUCUGACAAUGGGAUCUAUCUGUUCUUCUUCUCUGCUGUUUCUUCUUCGUGUGUCGCCGGCGAGUGGUUCUUCUGAGGAACUGGAAAGACCGCCCACUCCACUUCUCUUAACCAACUGACUGUUGAAUCGUGUUGUUUUUAACUAACCGGACUGUCCUAUUACCUCUUUUCUGUCAUGGAAACAUUAAAUAGUUUGACUGAAAUCGAUGGUACAUUGUUCAAUAACACUGUUGUGUUUAUGUGUCUUAUAGGAUU